UUUCUUAUGAUUAAUAUUUUAUACAGAAUAGAAGAGGAGGAAGGGUUCAGCUUCAAUCAAUGCUGCUACCGAUUUCAGAGUUUGAUCAUGCAGAAAAGGGUGAUGCAUUAAAUGCAAUGGAACUUGCUUUGUCAUUGGAAAGGAUAAACAAUCAAAAGCUUCUAAAUUUACACAGUCUAGCAAAUGAAAACAAUGAUGCACAACUUGCUGACUUUAUUGAAAGCCAUUUUCUGGUUGACCAGGUGGAAGACAUUAAAAAGAUAUCAGAGUAUGUGGCUCAGUUAAGAAGGAUGGGCAAAGGACAUGGAGUUUGGCACUUUGAUCAGAUGCUACUUAAUGGAGGAGUGGUUGCAUGAUACUUAUCUACUGCAACAUUGCCUAAUACUAGUAUCUAUGAGACAGAAAAUUGUGCCUGUGAACUCAGAUUCAUAUCUUUAUCAAUCCCUGUUAGGCUUCUUUCUGAACUUUUUUCUGUACUGUACUUUAAAAAAGGUUGGUUUUCAAAACCUAAGUAAACAAUGAAUUUCAAAACAUUAAUUGG